AUCUUCCUUCCUUCACAAGGUUUUGAAGAGGACCUCAGCCACGCCGUUUACAACACAGAAACGGAGUGAACCAAGAGGAGAAACCAUGAAGCUGGCUUUGCUGCUGACCCUUGUGGCUUUGACGUACACUUUUCCUGUUGAUGACAACAAAGAGGAAGGAGAGGACCCGAUUGUUCCCAAGCCUCAGGUGGAGACCCGGUCCCCUUUCGCAGCCCUGGAGGAAGUUCGACUCCUGGCCAACGGCCUUCUUCAGCUUGGCCAGAGCCUGAGGGACUUUGUUCAGAAGACCAAGGGACAGAUCAAUGACAUAUUUCAUAAGCUCAAUAUCUUCGAUAAGUCUUUCUAUCAGCUCUCGGUUCUAACCAGUGAGAUCAAGGAGGAGGAAGAGGAGCUGAAGAAGACCACUGGUGCACUGAAAGCCAAGAACGAGGAGAUCAAGAGCCUGUCGCUGGAGAUCAGCUCAAAGGUGGAAGACCUGAUGCAGGAGAGGAGCCAGCUGAAGAUGAAGGUGGGAGGGCUGGAGGAGAAACUGAGCGAUCUGUCCCAGGGCCUGCUUACACCUGAUCAGGCAGCCGAAAUCUCAGGACUCAAGGAGGUGAUACAUGCACAAGAGAGGAGUAUUACAGACUUGCUGAAAGCGGUGAGGGAGCAAAAUGAGCAGCUCGUCUACCAGAGAAACAAGAUCAAGAGCCUGGAGGAUAAGCUCAGCUAUGACAGCUUUCAAGACACAGGCGUCAAAUUUGGCUGGGAUGUCAGCGUGUACAACGUUUCGGGAUUUCUGUCCAAUUAUUCCUCUGAUGACAGUUUGUCAAAUGGUUUGCCUGUGGACUGUGGUGAAGUCUUCACGAAGGGUAAGACAGUCAGUGGUGUAUACGCUAUCCAGCCAAACCAGUCGGAGCCCUUUCUCGUGUACUGUGACUUUACAAAAGAUGGGGCAUUUACAGUCAUCCAGCGUAGGCAAGAUGGCUCUGUGGACUUCAACCAGUCUUGGGAAAACUAUGAGAAUGGGUUUGGAGACUUUCAGAGUGAGUUUUGGCUGGGGCUCAAGAAGAUCCACUCCAUCAGCAGGCAAGCCGGAGAGUCCCGCCUCCAGAUCCAGACAGAGGACUGGAAACAGGAGAAGAAAUUUAAAGAGCAUCAGUAUGUUCUGGAGGGUCCUGACUCCAACUACACCAUCCAUCUCAGCGAUGGGUCUGGUGACCAGGCCCGUGUCAUUUACACUCAGGCUGGCAUUCCUUUUUCCACUAAAGACUGCAACCACAGGAUAAAUGAACCAAACUGCAUCCAGGACUACACAGGUGGCUGGUGGUUUGGUGAAUGUGGGGAGAUCAACCUGAACGGCAGAGUCAUCAUGAGGCGAUCCGGAGGUCGCGGAGGGCGCAGGAAAGGGAUCCACUGGAAAUCCGGCGGCAGGGCGAACACCCGUACGCUCAGAUCCACACAAAUUUCCAUAUACCACGGCGCAUAAAACGCCAUCUCUGUAGGGAUGGCUACUCAUUCCACUGACAUUUUUCAUACUAAAUACCAACACCAAGCUGAGGAUGGCCUCGCUAACAUAAAACAAGAUCUACAUCGAACACUGCAGUUCCUAACAUUACGCUUUGGUGUCAAUGCUUCAUCUAUAGCACUUGAUGGUUUAACAGAAUAAAUUGUCACUGGACACCAUUUGUCUUAGCUGCCAUCUUCCUUAGCUGGCUUUGUUCACUCUUAUCAGCACUUCUUGAGUAUGUGCACAAUUAGAGCACUGUGGUUAAGUCUUUUUAUUGAUCUGUGUUCAUCUCACUCACUGUUUCUAAACUUAAGAUUUACAGGAUUUUUUAUAUAUAUAUAUACAGUUUGUGGAAUCAUGUGUCAUUGCCUGAAUAUAGCAGACAAAAGAUAUGUGACCCUGUGGAUCCCUAGGACUUGAAGUGAGAAAUAUUGUCCUAACUCAACAGCAGCUGUGAACGGAGGGGUAGUCUCCCUGUUUAAUGCAUAGAAGAACCCGGUGCUGUGACAGGUGUUGUGAGAUGUUCCUGAACUAAAGGGAUCAUCUUCGUCCUUUUGUUUUACUACUGAGUCAUAUUGACUUCAUGAUAACACACAUGCAUGCUGUAAAUGUCUGUUAUGUAUUACAUUUUUAGAAGUCUUGUAAAUAAAAAAACAAAUCAUGA